CACACCAGUUGCCCCCUCGCCUUAGCUUAGCUCCAUGCCUUGAUUCAUCUUCUAUCUUCCUCCAUCGUUACGUCACUGCUUCACCAACAACAACAACACACACACACACUCUAUUUGGACCCACCAAAUCAGACGAACAAGCCCUACCGGCGAAAUCAAGCAUUAAAUUCACUCACGCUUUUCCCGUGAACACGAUAUUCUAUUUUUUGAAAUCCCGACAAGAUCUCUCUGAUUGUUUCGUUUCAAAAUUCCUCGGAAAAACCGAGUAUAUGAGUUGAUCAAAGAGUGUGGUUAAGCAAUGUCUUCUAAUGAUAGAGAGGAUUCAUACAAUGGGCAGCUGUUGAGAGACAUCAAGGAGGUAAGUAAAGCUCUUUACUUGCACAACGCACCUCAAAGACCACUCCUUUCGUUGCCUCCUCCUGUCCGCUCUAGAUCUGUCUCCAAAGGAACCACAGAGAGUGGAGUUUUAUUGCCAAGUAAGAAGAAGAAAUCAUCGGUAUCAUGGGAUUGGAAGAAGCCUUUGAAAGCCAUAGCUCAUUUGGGGCAGCGUAGGUUUGAUGUUUGUUUUCAUCUCCAUGUUCAUUCCAUCGAAGGCCUGCCUUCGAAUUUGGAUGGCACUAAACUAGUUGUCCAGUGGAAGAGGAAAGAGGAAGUGAUGUCUACUCAACCUUAUAAUGUCUUGCAAGGAACAGCUACGUUUGAAGAGACUUUGACGCAUAGAUGUUCAGUCUACGGUAGCAAACAUGGGCCGCACCGUUCUGCGAAAUACGAUCAGAAGCUUUUCUUGGUCUGUGCAUCUCCUGUUGAUGCUCCCUGGCUUGUUCUAGGGAAGCAUUGGGUUGAUCUCGCCAGGAUCUUGCCUUUGUCUCUGGAGGAGAUGGAAGGUGCGAGAAGCUCGAGGAAGUGGAACACGAGCUUUAAGCUAUCCGGUGUGGCGGCUGAUUCUGCUGUGUUGAAUCUUAGUUUUGAUUACUCGGUUGUCACCAGCUCUGUCUGUGAUUCAGCUAGUGGUGGGAAUGUGAUGCUGAAGAGGGUUGGUAGUGUUCCGAGUAUGGAGCGUAGAUCUUCACCGGUCGAUGAUGGGAAGGUCUCUCAUCAGCUCUCGCCGAAUCUGAGUCUGGAUCUUUCAAGGUCUGUUGAUCUUCUCUAUGAAAAACUUGACGAACGAAACCAAGAAAGAUCAACAGGAACUAAGGUUGAGCAAGGUGUGGAGACUGAUAGGCAAGAAGAUGACCCUAAGAACACUGGAAAAGAAGUAGGAGAAAGAACUGAUUCAAAGGAGAUUGAAAUUAUUGAUGUCUAUGAGUUACUUAAAGAUGAAGAUGAAGAUGCAGAGGAAACCUGUUUUGUUGAUCAGUUACCAGUGGCGGAGCUAAAAAGUUCUGACUCAGUUGAGAUUAAAUCUUCAUCAGCCAUCGAUGAUUCCACUGAGGACUUGGAAGUUAAAUCUAGUUACAAAGCUGCACAAGUAUUAACAAAGUCAAGAAGCUUGGAUGACAUUACUGAAUCUGUAGCUAAUGAUUUUCUAAACAUGCUUGAACUUGAGGAAUCUUCUUAUGUUUACACCUCAGAUGGUGAGCCUACAUCUCCUCGUGAGUAUCUGCUCCGUGAGUUUGAGAAGGAGGCUCUCGCUUCUGGUAACUGUCUAUUAGAAUAUGUGUCUGAUAUUGAUGAGGAACCGAAUGAUUUCUCGUUCUCCUCAAGUUCUGUGAGUGAGGGAAAGUCUCAGCUGUUAAUAAGCAGAAGGAAUGCUAAGGAACUUGAAGACUUGGAAACUGAAACUUUAAUGCGAGAGUGGGAUUUAGAUGACAACAGUUUUAACGACUCUCUCUGUGUUUGUUCUGAUGGGUUUGGAAGUCCAAUAGAGCUUCCAGUUGACGAGCGGCCACUUGGAGAUAAUGUUGGUCCUUUUGUUUGGACAAAAGGAGGAGGGUGUAUCCGGUCCAUGAGUCCGUUACUGUUCAGAAAGUGUAAGGAUGCUUCACGUCUGAUCAUGCAAGUUUCAGUUCCUGUGGUGUUGGUACCAGAGUUAGGCUCUGGUGUUCUUGAAAUACUCCAAAGCUUGGCAGCUUCUGGAAUCGAAGGGCUUUGCUCUGAAAUUAACGCAUUAAUGCCUUUGGAAGAUAUUGUGGGGAAGAAAUUACAUGAAGUUAUCGAGGACACAACACUUGAGAGAAAUGUACAUGAUUGUUCUUCAAAAGAAAAUCUUGGGGCCUUUGGAUCCAAUAUGUGUUCAGGUUAUGUACCUCUUGACACUCUUGCUUCCUUAGCUAUGGAUGGCAUAGAGAUUCUCUCGGUAGAAGGAUUAAAGAUUCAAUGCAGCAUGUCAGACCAAGAUCCACCAUCAGUCACUGCAGCCAAACCCAUGGAUCACUCUGAGGCUUUAGAGUUGAUUAGCUUUUCGUUAACGUUGGAUGAGUGGUUAAGGCUUGACCACAGAAAUUCAGACACUGAAGAUACCUCUAGGAACAAGUUGACACUUGCUCUUAGAGUGCUGCUUAGAGAUCUAUCUCGAUAUAACGAACCUGUUGGUGCAUCUAUGCUUGCUCUGAUCCAAGUUGAAAGGUCUCUGGUUUCCUCAAACCCACCUCUGUGUAGUUUGGUUCAAGGAGAAUUCUUUGGAAACGAUACACAUUUGUGGAGAAUCACCGACAUUGGUCUUGCGGGUUUGAAAACUGAGCCUGGUGUAGACCAUCCGUGGUGCACGAAGACCCAACAAGAGUCUGGAUCCUGCUGGUUACUUGCCAGUGGUACUGGUAAAACCAUUAACUGUCAAGCUUCCAAGUCAAAGGCGAUCAUUGUAUCAAACCCACAAGCAACCAGAAAGAACUUGGAUACAUUGUGGAGUAUAACAAUCGAUAGUAGGCACAAUCAAGAAGGUGAUUUGAGCAGCUCUGCUUCCUUUGUUCCACUAACAAGAAAUUCAGAUGUGAUAUUUUCUGAUGAAAUAACAAAAUGAUUGUGAUAGUAGCAAUUUCAUUAGAGCAUAUUAUCUUAUACAUUGUUUCCACACUCUGCUUAAGAGCAAGUCGUUUUGAUGUGAAAGCAGCUGUCCUUUUUUUCUACUUGAAAGAAGUAGAUUCAGAUGUCAUCAGUUAUAUGAAUGUGUAUGAGAAAAUAUAAUUUGUUUGGUAAAUAUAUUUCCAUUUGCAUCGAUGCUUCU